ACAAUGGGCAAGAGACACCCACCGGGGAAAAAGAUCAAUGUCUCUCUCACUUGGUCUUCCUUCACAUUUCUGAACCAGUCCUUUUCCAAGACAGGACACAAACGUUAACCAUCUUUAUAAAAAUACUUACAAAACCUGGAAAGAGAAGCACCUUUGCUAGAUUUGCAAGAGAAGUUGAUACAUAGCAAUAGCAACCUAAAUUUCCUCAUUGCUUGCAAGCCAUGGCAGGUGGUAGCUACUAUGAUGGUGAAGAUUUCUGUCACAAUAAGUUGUUGGUUGAUCCAGAGGAAGCAAGUUUUUUAGAACUGAUUCGUCUCCUAUUUUCAUCUGAUAUAAAAAGCAGAAGAUUUGUGGAGUGCCCUGAAAAUCAAAGGCAGAGAGAUUUUAGUCAUCGAUGGCUUAUUUUCAUCUCUGUUGUUGCCCAAAAACUCCUUCUGUAUUACAGAAAUCCCAUGGCUCAGAUGGGGCAUGCAAUAGAGACGUGGUUAAAUCUUGUGUCCAGCAACGGUGGGCUUUUCAGGUUGAUGCUGAAAUAUUUGAAAGGAAAUGUUGCGAGGCCUGAUAGAUUAUCAGCGAGGUUCAGAUCGGUUGUGGGAAAUCUUGACCGGAGAGUAGAAAUAGAGACAAGUAUAAGAGCUGAUCACAGAAAAUAUAAAUCAGCUCUGGCUUUGAUGGCUGCUAAAUUGUCAUAUGAGAAUGAAGCCUUCAUCAAUUCCAUUGUCACUGAUCACUGGAAUAUGAAAUUCUUGGGUUUUUACAACUUUUGGAACGGGUACCAGAGGCUACCCUCAACGCAAGCCUUCAUGCUUCAAGACAAGGACACUGACGUGAACCAUAUAGUGGUGGCAUUCAGAGGCACCAACCCAUUUGAUGCAUAUGCAUGGUGCACAGAUGUUGAUGUCUCCUGGUACGAGCUUCAAGGCGUUGGUAAGAUCCACCGUGGCUUUAUGAAAGCACUAGGCCUACAGAAGGAUGGGUGGCCAAAGGAAAUUUCACUAGGCAGUGAACAUUUAUAUGCAUACUACGAGAUCAGAAGAAUGCUGAGAGAUAUAUUAAGCAAAAAUGAAAAGGCUAAAUUUAUAGUGACAGGGCAUAGCUUGGGUGGAGCACUGGCAAUAUUGUUUGUGGCUGUGUUAGCUAUACACAAAGAGGCUUGGUUACUGGACAGAAUGGAAGGGGUCUACACAUUUGGGCAGCCAAGAGUUGGUGACAGGCAGUUUGGGAAUUUCAUGCAAGAUAAGUUGAAAGAGAAUGAUGUGAGAUAUUUGAGGUAUGUUUAUUGCAAUGAUAUGGUGCCUAGAUUGCCCUAUGAUGAUGCAUCUCUCUUGUAUAAGCACUUUGGGCCUUGCCUCUACUACAAUAGCUUGUAUCAAGGGAAGGUUUUGUGGGAAGAGCCGAACAAGAAUUACUUCAAUUUGUUUUGGGCCAUACCUAAGAACUUGAAUGCUGCUUGGGAGCUAAUCAGGAGUUUUAUUAUCCCUUGCGUGAAAGGUCGGAACUAUGGAGAAAGUUGGUUUAUGACACUGUUUAGGAUAAUAGGCUUGGCAAUUCCAGGAUUAUCAGCUCAUAUUCCUCAAGAUUAUGACAAUUCUACCCGAUUGGGAUCCUUGCCUCCGCUAGAGCUUCACCAAGAUUAAGAAAACAAGAUCCUGAAUCUUAUACAUUUCGUUUAAAGUCUAUCGAUUUCCAAAGGCAACAAAUUGCUUUGGAAAGGGAUUUAGCUUGUAAGAAAUUAAGUUCUAGUCUUUGAUCGCCUCUUGAAAGAAAAUGGUGCCUCGGUGCACGACUGUCGUCAGGUCAUGCCAUAAAUUCUUUUCGUACUUCAUCAUUUUCGCCUUCAACCUUUGCCUCAGACAAGGUCCUGAGCACUUCAACACCAGUUUGGUAUUUGAUUGCAGAUUUCAAUCCUUCCAAAAAUACCUUGCAAAUUGUUACCUUUCUGAUUCAUGAAGGUUAUUCCUCUUAGUUAGUCUCGUUAACUCGGUUUUCUUAUUGACAACGUUGAUACU